AUGGACGAUGCAAACAAACAGCCACAUUCGCUCGGGAGUGGACAACAGAGAAACCCUAAUCCGAGACCUUUUUUCUAUGUCCAGCCUCCAUCUCAGCCGUAUUACCUCUACCAGCCCUGGCAGCUCAACAACCCUUACAGUCACUAUGGCUUGCCUGGAGGUUUUAACUUUGCUCGUCCCUGCAUGCACCCCUUUCAGUACAUGCAGUAUCCCGGCUUUGUUUUCCCGCAUGCCCCCGUAUAUCCGAUGGAUUACAGGCGGAUGUUCGAGCCGCGCUUCGCCGGUCCCACUUGGGGUGAAAUACCUCGACAACAGCAGCCUCACGGGCGUCGAGAAAUGGCCUGCUCAGAGGCCCAAACCGACCCCAGUGACGCCAUAACCAAGCUCAUCGAGUGCCUGGAUAAGAUCCGAGCCAGCGAGAUGCAGGGCGCCAGCAGGGAACUGGACUCUGGUAUUGCGUCCCAGUCCUCGGGUAUGUUUUCUCCAGGCGAGGAGAAGAAAAACCAAGAGCAGGAUCACGUCCUGUCUUCGGCACCUCAUGACACCCAUGCAGAGGUGUUGGUUGACUCCCCUGCUGAGAAUUAUAAUGGUGAAGCCAGCCAGAUGAUCUUAGGCACCUUAAGCCCUCAUGGAUCCUGGUCAGGAGGACUUGAAGAGGAGCUUCCCCUCGAUAGCUCCUCCGUCCAGGAGGACUGUCCCGAGCUGGAGCAUUCAGAAGCAGACGAACACCUUGUGCUUCUUGAGGAAGAAGAGGUCCAGUCGGAUACCUCGAGUGUUCCUAAAUGUGAUGCCGAAGAGCUCCAGAAGUCCCCAGCGUUGCUUAAAGAGACCAACAGCAGCGACAAAGUCUCAACUGCAGAACAUCUGGAAGAGUCUGUUGAUGAAGCCAAACCUGAUCGGAGCUACCAGAUCCUCAAGCUGCCGUUUGAUUGUGUUUUAACCCCCGGAGCCGCCCGCCUCGCCUCCACGGCCGCCCCCUACUACUUCAACUACCCAUCCAUGCAGGCGACACAUGAACGGAUGAGCGUCCUCAGCCCGUCGUUGGAUGAAUUAUCCUCCAGAGACGAGAUGUUCUCCACGGACCUGGAUGAUGUGGAUCUAUUUCCCAAACAAGCGUAUACGCCCAGAAGGCUUGUGGAGGUCAUCGGUGAAUCCCCUCAAGCCUCCGAAGACGUAGACGAAGCCUGGAUGCAGGGUUUGAAGAGGGUCGCGUGCGCCUGUUGUGGAAAAAGCCUUGCAAAAGGGACGAGCAGGAGAAAAGUCCACGGCCCCAAGAUGUACCUGGAUGAAGGUGGAGACUCGGAGGAUGACUAUGGACGAGGGUGCGAGCAGGAAGUGGUCGUAAGAAAGCAUCGUUCACCCAGGAAGAAUCGCCCUCUCCAGCCAAGACAUGCCGCGAAACCUUGGUUCAAAAGAGGUUUAUGGAAGGAGACAUCUGACCAGGUGGAAGAUCAGGAUGUUCAUAAGCAAGAGGUGACUCAAGGUGAAACCGGAGAGUCUGAGCUGCAGUGUGGGACCUGUGAAGAGAAGAUCCGACCACAUCAGAUCAAGGCCGGUGGGCCGACGGUGACGUUGUUCCCCGGAGGAGACCAGCAGCAUCUCUGCAGCGGCAAGGUGAAACCUAGAAGCUCAGAUGAUUGA